CGGGCUGAUUGGACAAUGUUUAUCAAAUGAUUACCUGCUGGAUGCGGGUCCAGAUGCUUGACAAAAUCUCAGGGAAGUGGAAAGGACAGCGAUGGCUUGUUAUUAUCGCCAGCACGAGGACACUGCGGUGACGGUACCGAAAUUCACGAACGAGAACUCCAGCGGCGGUGUAACCUACUACGACAUCAAGGUGCGAGUGGGCAAAGUGGAAUGGGUGGUAGAGCGGCGCUAUCGGGAUUUUGCGAAUCUACACGAAAAGCUGGUGGGAGAGAUAUCUAUUAGUAAGAAGCUGCUUCCACCGAAAAAGCUGGUCGGCAAUAAACAGCCCUCGUUUUUGGAACAGCGGCGUGAACAGUUGGAAACUUAUCUUCAGGAACUUCUUAUUUAUUUCCGAACGGAAUUGCCGCGGGUUCUGGCCGAGUUCCUGGACUUUAACAAGUACGACAUCAUUUACCUUCUGCAGGAUCUUGCCAAGCUUUUUAAUGAAAGUGGUGAUGCCCUGCUCAGCUCUAAGAAGGAGUACAAUCUUUCAGCCCUAGAGGUCUUUGCUAUUAGUGAGCGGCUAAGUCUUCCCUGUCCGCCGAGUCAGGAUCGCGGUGGAAAAUUUGACUUCUCGCAUGUGCUGGACUUUUGCACACAACUUGUGGCUUUAGUGGUCACUCCAGUCAAAGACAAUGGAAGCUAUGUCCAGGACUACAAUACGGUAGAUGUGCCUAUCGGUCGAAGUAAUAUCAUUCCGAAUAGACUAAAAUUCAAUCUUAAUGCCUUUCGCAAUCUCAAGACGCUAAAGUUCUCGGCGUUGUCCACGGAAAACAUUGUGGACAUUGAGCUUCUGAAGCCAACUCUCCUGACAAUCUGUGUCCAUAACACAACCAUACAGAAUAUAAAUCAAGUGUUGCUUUGCGACAAUCUGCACAAGCAUUGCGAUGUACCAAGUCUACUGCCAGAGGAAAUUAUUGCAUCCUCCUCCGGUUCAAGUUCCUCCACUUCUAAUGGUAGUGCAUUGGUUAGUGCGGACGCGUGGCAGGAGAUAACCGAAUUGGAUUUGACAGGCAAUCUUCUGACCCAGAUAGAUAGCAGUGUAAGAACAGCUCCAAAGCUAAAGCGCCUAAUCCUCGAGCAGAAUCGAAUACGGACCGUCCAAAAUCUUGCCGAGCUUCCUCAACUCCAGUUGCUUUCGCUGUCGGGAAACCUAAUAUCAGAGUGCGUCGAUUGGCAUUUGACGAUGGGAAAUCUUGUCACUUUAAAGCUGGCUCAAAAUAAAAUCAAGACCCUAAGCGGCCUGCGAAAGCUGCUUUCACUGGUCAACCUGGAUCUGAGUUCCAAUCAAAUCGAAGAGCUCGAUGAAGUUGAUUAUGUUGCCAACCUUCCUCUUUUGGAAACUCUUCGGCUUACUGGAAACCCACUAGCAGGCAGUGUUGACUAUCGCUCCCGUGUCUUGGCUCGAUUUCACGAACGCGCUGCUGAAAUAUCUCUGGACAAUGAACCUGGUAAUCAGCAGGAGCUAGAUACUGCUUUGGUUUUGUCAGCUCUAUUGCAAUCAAAGCAGCGACAGCAGCAGAAAUGAUCCUUGUCUCACCGAAAGGUUCUCUAUUCCAUUACUUCAAAUAUCUCUAGAAAAUUUUAAACCUUAUAAAUCUCAACGUAUUAUUGGUUGACUUUUCUUCCGUCAUGCCACAAAUAACAAAUUUUUCAAUGUAAAGGUUGUGGACUUUUAACAAUUUAAAAAUUUUUUGUACUAUUAUAUUCCAAUGUUUAGCCGUAAAAAUUAUUUAUUUUAUGUGUUUCAUAUGUUUAAAACGAUUUCUGUAAAACUUUCAAUAUGUUUAUAUUUUAUGUCCACCCGAUGUGCAAUAAUUCAAUGCUCACCUCGAAACAAAUAGUUAAGUCAAUAAACUAAAUUAUACAUCCUGACAAA